AUGAGCCGGCCCAGCCGACUGCAGAGGCAGGUUCUUAGCCUGUACCGCGAACUGCUGCGCGCCGGGCGCGGGAAGCCGGGGGCCGAGGCGCGGGUGCGGGCCGAGUUUCGGCAGCACGCCUGCCUGCCGCGCUCCGACGUCCUGCGCAUCGAAUACCUGUACCGCCGCGGGAGGCGCCAGCUCCAGCUGCUACGCUCCGGCCACGCCAAGACCCUGGACGCCUUCGAGCGCCGGCAGGGCGCGAACGAGGAGCCAGGCGAAGCGGGGGCCUCUACGACUCGGCCUCAGGAGAAUGACGAUUCGAGGAACCCUCUCGAAUGGAGUCACCGGAAAUCCCGCCGGAUGGACGGUGACAGGCCGAAGAGCUCAGAUGGAGCAGGGGAACGGUGGGGCGGGAUCGCUUGA